GACCGUGGGGGGGCGGGACCCAAGACGGGGUUGGCCCCAAGCUAAUAUAGAACUCUACUUCGGGCCCUGUCAGAAGUGCAGGUGGGUCCUGUGAGGCCUUCGUGCACUAGUUCUCCUGGUUCACAUAUGAGAAGAAAGAUUGUGAAGAAAAAACAUGGGGUCCGAAUUGGAGAACCUAAAUCCAAGUGCCAGAAUAAUGACAUUCCAUCCAACUGUGGAAGAAUUUAAAAAUUUCAGCCGUUAUAUUGCCUAUAUAGAGUCUCAAGGAGCCCAUAGAGCUGGAUUGGCAAAGAUUGUUCCUCCUAAGGAAUGGAAACCACGCAAAUGGUAUGAUGAUAUUGAUGAAGUGGUCAUCCCUGCUCCCAUUCAGCAAGUAGUUACUGGCCAGUCAGGCCUCUUCACUCAGUAUAACAUCCAGAAGAAAGCUAUGACAGUCCGAGAAUUCAGGAGGAUAGCAAAUAGCGACAAGUACUGUACUCCUCGGUAUACAGAUUUUGAAGAUCUUGAACGCAAGUACUGGAAGAAUCUCACUUUCAAUGCUCCCAUCUAUGGGGCAGAUGUUAAUGGCACACUCUAUGACAAGCAUAUAGAAGAGUGGAAUAUUGGUCAUCUGAAUACAAUUCUGGAUAUAGUAGAAAAUGAAAGUGGUAUUACCAUUGAGGGAGUGAAUACACCUUAUCUCUACUUUGGCAUGUGGAAAACAUCCUUUGCCUGGCACACGGAAGACAUGGACCUGUACAGUAUAAAUUAUCUGCAUUUUGGGGAACCCAAGUCCUGGUACUCUAUUCCUCCAGAGCAUGGGAAGCGGUUGGAACGUCUUGCUAAAGGGUUCUUUCCUGGAAGUGCUCAGAGUUGUGAAGCUUUUCUCCGUCACAAAAUGACCUUGAUCUCACCAUCAAUAUUGAAGAAAUAUGGCAUCCCAUUUGACAAAGUGACUCAGGAAGCAGGUGAAUUCAUGAUAACUUUUCCUUAUGGAUAUCAUGCUGGUUUUAAUCAUGGCUUCAACUGCGCUGAAUCUACUAAUUUUGCCACACUUCGUUGGAUUGAGUAUGGAAAGCAGUCUAUUUUAUGCUCCUGCCGCAAGGACAUGGUCAAAAUCUCCAUGGAUGUCUUUGUGAGGAAAUACCAGCCUGAUCGUUACAAGCUCUGGAAAGCUGGGAAAGAUGUGACAGCCAUUGAUCAUACUCUUCCUACACCAGAAGCAUCUGAGUUCUUUAAGGGUGAACUUCUUCAAAAAGUUAAGAAUGAGAAGCAGUGCCCUGAAGAAACUGAAACAGAGGAAGAAUGUAAAGCAGAUGAAGAUAUGGAGAAAAAAAAUGUCCCAAAGCAUCGCAUUGGAAGCAAGCGUCACCGAGUCUGCUUAGAAGUUCCUCAUGAGGUGAGCCAAAGCGAGUCCUUUCCCAAGGAGGAGGUGGUCCCAAUACAGUUUGAGAUGGAGGAAGCAGCCCCUCCAGUUGGACCUGCUAGAGAGCCUGUACAGCAAAGGGAUGAAGCCCUUGCACCGCCAGAGUAUGCAGAUUCCUCUGAAGUAAAAUUUGAAGAACUGAAAAAUGUUAAGCUAGAUGAAGAGGAAGAGGAGGAGGAAGAGGAGGAGGAAGAAGAGGAACCAGAAGCAGCUGUUCUAGAUCUUUCCAUUUCACAUUCUGUGUCUUCAGUUUUGACCCAGUCUACCAUGAAACCAAGCCCAGUCUCCAGCUUUCAGUCUAGCUCAUCUUUUUGUUCUGGCUCUUCAGAUUCUGAACCCCCUGAUCUUUCCAGGCAGUUGGUUGAGCAAACUGAGGUGCUCACAGUCCAUAGUUAUGCUAAGGAAGAGGUGAAUGUCAUGGACAUUGAACACCCUUCCAGGAAGAAAACCAGUUCCACAGCUUGUGUCGAUGGACAGGAGCUUGCAAAAAUGGCAAAGGAUUACAUCAGAUCUGUAAAGGAUCGUAAGCAAUCAAAAGGCCGUCGUCAGCCGUUGACCAAACUCCCACGUCAUCACCCACUCUUGGUUAAAGACGGCCUUAGUGAUGAUGAAAUGUCAGAGCAAUUGACACCUGAAGAAGAAACUGAAGAGAUGGAAGCAUGGGCCAAGCCUCUCAGCCAACUGUGGCAGAAUCGUCCUCCAAACUUUGAAGCGGAAAAGGAGUAUAAUAUUGCCAUGGCUCAGCAGGCUCCCUAUUGUGCAGUGUGCAUGCUCUUCCAAACCUACCAGGCAGAUUGUGGAAGUCAGAGCUUACAGGCAAUUCCAAAUGCUGCUAAUGGAAAGAUCAGAACUAAGCCCCUCAUCCCUGAGAUGUGUUUUACUACCACUGGUUGUAGUACAGAUGUCAGCCUCUCUACCCCAUAUCUGGAGGAAGAUGGCACCAGUAUUCUGAUCACAUGCAAGCACUGUCAGGUCCGGGUCCAUGCCAGUUGUUAUGGAGUAGCCCCUGAGAAGGCAACUGAAGACUGGAAAUGCUCUCGAUGCAAAGCCAAUGCUUUAGAAGAGGAUUGCUGCUUAUGCUCACUUCGGGGAGGUGCACUUCAAAAAGCCAAUGAUAACAAGUGGGUUCAUGUUAUGUGUGCUGUAGCAGUUCUGGAGGCAAAAUUUAUAAAUAUUGCUCAGCGUAGUCCAGUUGAUGUCAGCAAAAUCCCACUGCAACGCUUCCGACUGAAAUGUGUCUUCUGCAAGAAGAGGCGAAAGAGAAUAGCUGGUUGUUGCGUGCAGUGCUCUCAUGGCCGCUGUCCUACAUCUUUCCACGUCAGCUGCGCUCAAGCAGCUGGAGUCAUGAUGCAGCCAGAUGACUGGCCGUUUGUGGUCUUCAUUACCUGCUUUCGACAUAAAAUUCCAUCUCAAGCAGAGCGAGCUAAAGCCGGUCUACAGGAUCUUGCUGUGGGACAGCCUGUGAUAAGCAAGCACAAGAAUGGACGUUUCUAUCAAUGUGAAGUGGUCAAUCUGACAAAGGAAACAUUUUAUGAGGUCAACUUUGAUGAUGGCUCCUUCAGUGAUAAUCUAUAUCCAGAAGAUAUUGUGAGUCGAGAUUGCCUCCAGCUUGGUCCUCCACCUCCAGGAGAAGUUGUUCAAGUCAGAUGGACUGAUGGACAGAUUUAUGGAGCUACUUUUGUGGCUUCUCAUGUCAUCCAGAUGUACCAGGUGGAGUUUGAAGACGGAUCCCAACUGAUGGCAAAAAGGGAUGAUGUCUAUACACUUGAUGAAGAACUUCCUAAAAGAGUCAAGUCAAGGCUGUCUGUUGCCUCUGACAUGCGCUUUACAGAGAUCUUCACAGAGAAAGAAGUCAAACAAGAGAGAAAAAGACAGAGGGUGAUCAACUCACGUUAUCGUGAGGAUUACAUCGAGCCUGCACUGUACCGGGCCAUUAUGGAGUAAUAGCUUGCAGCAGGAUUGCAGUGACACCCCACAAUGGAUUCUAGCACUCCAGCACAGCAGAAGCCAAACAGACAGUCUUCAUAUCCCACUUUUUUUAAAAAAAGAAAUGAAAUAAGCUUAUCUGACUCUCUGUAGCACCUUGAAGGUAUGGAUUUGGCUUUACUGGUAAACUCCAAGGCUAUCAUUCAGGAGCACAUCUUUGAGUUUGUGAGGCAUUUGGUUCAUACCAGCUUCGAUGUCUUCGCCGUUAGCUGUGAGUUUCUUCAUUCAAUACAAACUCUUCUUUGGCAGAAGGAUAACUUUCCAUUACCAUCCAAGGAGUAGCCCAGACAGUCACAGUGCUAAAAAUGACUUUCUCCUUUUUUCCUGGAUUAAAUGUCUAUUUCUGGGGGAAAUUCUGAGCUCAUCCUGCCUGCACAAAGCUGGUGAUGUUACUGGUGCUUGACAAUGAAUUCCCUUUUAUAUUUAUAACCCUGUUUUUUGUCAUGAGCACGCUUCUUUUUUUUUAAGCAUCACCUCUCUGAGAACAGAGCUAAAUGAGCUGAAGAAUGGAGAGUGAAAUUGAUUAACUCUCUUUAUUCCCAACUUCUUGAACCUUUGAAGCUUUUGUCCCUAUUUUAUAUUCAGAGACUUAUUUACUCAUAUGUUUUAAUUGUUAUAGUUUGUGCCUAUGUAAUAGGAAAAGGUUUUGAGCCAUUCAGCGCUGUGCAUUCCUCAGGCAAGAGAAUCCUAGGAAAUCCUCGAUUUAUCCCAGAUUAAGGCAAUAAGGACUACAAGGAUUCCCAUUCCUGUUUGGCUUGGAAAGACCACCAAUUGGGCCCAGGUUGCAACAAGAUUGCCUGGGGAAAUUAGCAUUCUUUCAUCUCACUGGCAGGGACCCCAAAUUGUGGGGUAUUUGAAUCCAGUUUGAAUAUUCAUUAAAUUAUGUCAGAGGUCAGCAUUACUGGUAUUUCUGUUUGGAAGCUUUGCACUGUUUUUGCCCAAACCUAUACAGGUAAGACUAAUGGAAGGGCUCAUGUACAUUUAGAUUUAUCUUUUUUGUGGGACAGAGAAAAGGAAGCUGAAGGUACAUUUUCAAGAGGUGUCUCAUUUCUUUGCUGUGCAGUUAUUGGGGACAGUUUUCAUCCAGAUAUAUUGCAAGAAAAGAAAAGCUACUUGUCCGGUUAUAAAUAUGCCCUUGUAAUCUGUGUCUAUAGUACCUGGAACAUGCCCAUAUCAUCUAAUCUUGGAAGAUAAAUGUGCUCAUGUUUACUACGGUAGAGGUUCCAGGGAAGACUGUAGUAAUAACAUAAUACUGUACUGUAUUAAUACAGUGUAGUAUUCCUUCCCUUUAUUUAUCUGUUUAUCUUGCUGCAUAAAGUUCACACAACAUAUAGGUAGUCCUAUAUUUACAUCCAUUCAUUUAAAAGUGGUUCAGAGUUAUGACAGUCUCAGAAAAAGUGACUUGCAAACUCUCCUCAAAGUUACAACUGUUGCAUACCCCCCUCAGGCAGGUGAUCACAAUUCAGGCGCUUGACAGUUGACUUACAUGUGGGAUGCAGUUGCAGCAUCUUGCAGUCACAUGAAGGUUGCGAUUUUCCAACAAGCCAAGUCAAAUUGAACCAGGUCCACUUAACUGUGAUUCAUUUAAUGACCACAUAUUUCACUUAAUGACCAUGGUAAAAAUGAUUGUAAAAUAGGUCCAGUCACACGAUUCAUUUUAUGACUGCACCAACUUACAACAGAAAUUCCAGUCCUAAUUGUGAUUGUAAGUUGAGGACUACCUAUAGAAGCAAACUUCUUUUGUUCAGGUGAACAAAAUCUCAAAACCUUUUCUGACUCCUCUCCUUCCUUUAUUAAUUAGGAUCCUAAAUGCAUUUUGGAGGAAAUCUAGAAGAAGUGGAGAGAUGUUGAUCUCCUUUCUGUAUUACUUUAGAAUUUAAAUCUGUAUUAUUAUAAAGAUUGGCUCUCUUCAUAAGCACAAUAUAUAAAUAUAAAUAUGUACAAAGGAACAACUUUUGAAAUAUUUGCAAUUGGACACUGCCUCUCAAUUUGGAAGUAAGAUUGGCAAUUAUAUAGUACAUGAGAAUAUCUUACUGCUUUCAGUUGCUCCCUUUUAAAAAGUGUCAUGUCUCCAGUCUUCUUUUUGGUCAUGAAUUCGCAAGUAUUUAUUUAAAUGGUUUGUGCUAUCUAGCAAGAUGGGCAGGCUUUUCUUUUUGCCCCUUGUGUAUUAAGCAAAAAUCAUUCUGGGCAAUAUAUUCUCUAUGUCAGUAUUCUUUUGAUUCCCCAGGAAUGUUUUUAGUACAAAGCAGAAAACCCCCCCCCCUCUUUUCUUGCCUGUUAACCUGGAGGUUACUACUGUCCCAGAUAUAAUAGGCUUUUCUGUGUCAAUAUUAAAACUGAAUCAUGAUGCCAAAGGUUCGUUCAACAGGCAUAGGGACUUUACCUUAGGUUUUCUUCUGCUUUUAGAUUGAAAAUAAACUACAGGUGAUAUGUAUCAAUGGAUUUUAAAAAUAUUUUUGAACUGGAGCUUGAACUGUUCAAAAUCUUCCGGAAUUUUUAAAAAUGAAUUCACAUCAUCAUCAAAUAUUUCUGAGUAUAUCUACAAAUUGGUUUAACUCAUUUUAAAAUCUAGAAGAUGAUUUUGCAAGAUUUUUACAGGAUUUUAAUAUGCCUGCUUAUAAUUGAGCAGGCAGUAAGAAUUCUAAGAGCCCUUUUAAUCAUUAUAUCCUAUUUUAUUCUUAUAAAUGUGUCUGUUGCUGUCAUCCAGUCAAACUGCAAUUGUUUUAUCUGAAAUCAUUGUAAUGAAAUUGUUGAUUAAUUUUAUAAGUUUGACACAUAAUUGGGAUAAACUUCUUCCUAUUGAUGGUUUAACAAGCUUUUGAAAAUAUAAUCUCCAUUUUCUUAGUUUGCCCCUGGCAUUAAAUAUAUGCACACACCUCUGCAUAAGGUUGCAGCAGACUUUAUAUGUACAGAAAAGAACAAGAUGAAAUAUGUGAUCUAGACAUGCUCUAUUAUGAUUCCUUGAAGACAGACUCCCAUAAUUUCUGACCUAUUGGAAGUUGUGCUGGUUUUAGGAUGCCAGUGUGAGAUGUAAACAAGACAGGCAGCUUUAUGUAUUGUUUUUCUGAUCUAGUAAUAUAAUUUUGGACUAGACUCAACUGAUUAAAUCUGAAACACUUUAA